ACCCCAAAACGCCGGUGACGAUCUUUGUACAUAUACCAAUGAUAUAGCAUCCGGGGUGCCAGGGACCCCGAAGGUAAAAUUUACGAUUCAUAGACUUUGUCACAGGUAUAUCGGUAAGCGCCGUCUACCUGUUGCAUUCUUGACUACAGGUGUAUAAAAUUCCAGUUUCGUCCAAAAUCCUUUGGAAGAAGGAAGGACUAAUUGGAUUUCUGAUUCAAGACUUUACCGUUAUGUUCUUAGAAUAUUCGUAUUUAUACACUUAUGCUUACUCUUAUUAUGCUUUAUCUUGCUGAUCUUCUAACACCUGAGUUAUGUUCUGAAAAUAUGAUUUUGAGUAAGUUUUAAAAAAGACAGAAUGGCUUUUUUAUGUCCAGUACGUAUACGCCGAGGAAAGAAAAAGAAACCUGGUGUACACAACUUUAAUUUGGAAAAGGAUUGUGGUGGAGCAGGAGGUACAGGACUUGGUUUAGGAACUAAAGUGCCAUUACCCCCUGGUCGUAUAACAGGGAGUGCUAGUAUAGAGACUUUAGUUAGAGUAGGCAUCGAAAAGGAAAAUGGAUUAUCACCUGAUAGCAAAAUGGUUAUUGUUCAUGAUUUUACACCUUGUGUUGAUGAUGAACUUCAAGUAAAACGAGGCCAGGUUGUAAAUGUUUUGUAUAGAGAGAAUGAUUGGGUGUAUGUAAUAGCAGCUGAUACACGUAUGGAAGGCUUUGUACCACAUUCGUAUUGUGCACCUUACACAUCUCAGCUUGCCGAAUUAACGCUUGCUACACUUAUGAACAAUGUGAAAAAAAAAUUGCCAAGAUCUAACGAGACUGAUUGCGAUUUUGCCGGUACAGGUCGUUCACAAACGGCAGACGCACAACAAACUGACACUGGAUCGGCAUCCGAUUGCGAGAGUUAUGCUCGUAAUGUCACUACUGCUGAUGUGAAUAUUAAUCGAUCUAAUAUCACACAGUCUCAAAAUUCUAUUCAAACUGUAUCUUCUCAGCCGGAUGUACAUCCUUUCUUUAAGGAUCCAUCAGCUGGAAGAUACAUUGUACUUUAUACUUUUGUAGCUAGAGAUGAAAAUGAUGUUAGCGUUGAGAGGGGUGAAUUUGUAACUGUACUCAAUCGAGACGAUCCAGAUUGGUUUUGGGUACUUAGACAUUGCGACGGAAACGAAGGAUUUGUGCCGUCUGGAUUUGUAUAUCCAGGACAUGUUCUUCAUUCUUAUGCAACAACAGCUACCACUACUGCAGCUACAACAUCUACAGAAACACAUAGUUUAGGAAAAGGAAGUAACGGUAUGCCAGGAAAUGAAUCACUGCAACAAAAGGGUUUACGAGAUUUUCGUGAUGAAACAAACGGCACAGAAUUAGUUGUACUUUACGAUUAUAAGGCGCAGGCGCCGGAUGAUUUAUCUGUGAGGAGAGCUGACUGGAUAUAUGCAGACUUAGGAAAUCAAACAGUAGAUGGUUGGUUGUGGGCAUACGCGCCUAAAACUCGAAAAUAUGGGUUCAUUCCAAAAGCGUAUGCCCGCCCUCCUGCUAUGACGAGCUUAUGAUGUAAAUUAUAGUUUUUCAUUUAAGGAGUAUAUACAAUUAAUAAAAUAUUUCUAUAUACUACUGCAUUUUAAAUGAUAUCCAAAAGUUAAUACACACUCUUAACAUUAACAUUGAGAGUAGCACAAUCUGAUGUAAUGUGACUGAGAAGACCCUCGUGCAGAACUAUACAAUCACCUGUUGAAAAGAUAUCUU